AUGUCUGAGAGCGACACUGUGGCACAAAUAAGACUGAAGCUUUUCCCAGAUGGUGACACUGGCUUCAUGAAGCUUUUCGGAGCCUUCAGAAAAAUAGUCAAGAAGAACAGUUACACCCUGAAUUCAGAAGAAUUUGAACAAUAUCUAAAAAACGCCGGGCUGUCGCUGGAGACCGAGGAGGUCGCAGCCGUGUUCAAGGAGUUUGACCGAGACGGAAAUGGGGCCAUGGAUGUGAAUGAGUUUUUCAUAGCUCUAAGGCCACCAAUGUCAGAGUACAGAAAAAAAGUGAUCACGGAAGUGUUUCAGAAGAUUGAUAAGACAGGAGAUGGAGUGAUCACUAUAGAAGACCUGAAGAACGAGGGGAUAAUAAACACCACAUUUUGCCUUGGAAGUGUGGACGAGGCGCUCAGCUCGUUCCUCAAGGUCUUUGAGACACUGGACGGGAAGGACGCAAAGGCACGCUCAGAUUAUUAUUGA